AUGGUUAUUUUAUUUCUCCACUAGAGGGAGUGGAAGGAGGAGCCUCACUCUCGUUGUGCCAAUAAAAGGCCCUUAAUGCGUUACCAUGCAACUGCAAGGAAACAAAUCAGGGGUGAGCAACAUAAGCUAUUGCAAUGGCUUCGGCUCAGUGUCAGAAACCCAAUACCACCAUUGAAGUUUGCCAACCAAAAAGCCAACACAGCUCGUUUGGCCAAAAAAUUUCUGAGAUAACCAACAAGGCUUUCAAAGGGCAUCAUGCCCGCCAUGGUAGCAGCCAAAAUCAACUUCAAUGUUACAGCCAAACUCAGGUUGAGUCGCACGGUCACACUGGCUCUGAAACAAAGACUCACUACUAUGACCAAACUCAGACCAAACACGACAAGAAGCAUGGCGUUUCCAAAACUCAGAUCACAGUUUGUGUGGUCCAAGCCCAAAUCACCCAAACCAACGAGGAUCCUCGUCCCUAUGGUACGACUACAAAUUGCUUUGGGGCUCAUGCCAGGAAGAAUGGAGAGCUUAACAAUAAGAAGGAAAGGAAUCUGUUCCGGAGGUUUAAGAAUGGCAAGUCCCGCCAUAGCAAGGAAGGAAGCAGCAGCAGCAGCAGUGAGAGCGAAAGUGAUGAUGAGAAGUGCCCAAAGACAAAGAAUUGAUGAAAUGAGCAGCUGCAAUGGCAUGCAACUCAACAAAGCUUGGUUAACGAAAAGAAAGACCAAAAAACAUCUUUAUAAAUAAACAGUGUCUUUAUGAUUUCAUAAUGCCAUUCUUGUACCCAAAAUAGUUGGGGGGAAUAAAUGCCAAGAUUUCAUAAAGGUCUUAUUGUUGUUGUAUUUCAAUUGGCUAUGUGUACCUUAUGACGAAUAAUAUA